CGCUGUCGGGCGCUGGAUAUCCGAUGGAAUCGAUGAUGCCGCGCGAAACGCCGCCGGUGUCGUGCGGUCCUUUAUAAAAACCGCUAGGUCGGAGAGCCCCCGCCCGCAACUGCAACCCGCGCUCGCCGUCUGCGCAUUCCGCCGAACGCCUCGCGUGCGUGCCGAUGGAAGGAGUCCGGGUCCACCCGCAGCCGCAGACGCAGCGGCGGCCAGACAGGGAGGGCACAAGGCUGGGCGUGUACCACGACGUGCUGCGGCGGCUCAGGGACGCCGGCGCGCCGGAGGCCCUCGCGCCGGACUUCGCGGACAAGCUCUGGGCGCACUUCCACCGCUUCAACAUCAGAUAUGCCAUGGAUGUGAACGUUGAGAGGGCGGAGGAUGUCCUGGUGCAUAUGCAGCUGCUGGAGAAGGCUAAAGAUCGGCCUGCCUUCUCCGUGAGAGUUGUUCAGGUACCUGUACCUUCUGAGGCUGAUGAUGCCUGCGAACCCGAUUCUUCUCAGUCCAAUGCGACCGAAGUGGGUGCCGCUGCGACACCAAGAAGGCUGAUAGCGCACCCGGAACCUAUUUUUGGCUCCUCACAGAAUCUUAAGUAUCUCGUUCAUCAAGCCAGCAGCAUGAACCUCCUGGAUGACAGCGGUGUUGUAGACGCUAUUCUCAGACCCAUGCAUGAGAUCACUUUUGCAUCUGACGACAGGCCAAAGGGCCUUACUCAAUUGUCUACACUCCUAGGCAAACUCAACCUUGAUAUCAAGGAAGUACAUGCACUUUCAACAAAUGAUGGUUACUUCUUAGAUAUUUUCAUUGUAGUCGGAUGGGAUCACAAGGAAACUCAACAGCUUGAAGAAACAUUGGAGAAGGAAAUUCACAGUUACAAGGCUGAGUUUUGCAUUGUCAAAACUCUUGCUCAGAUGCAUUCAACAUCUACUUGCUGGCCUCCUGAAUUGGCAGGCAAGCAGUGUCAGACUAACUUACAAGGCAACCAUGUUGAGAUACCUAAAGAUAACACUGAUGAAUGGGAAAUUAAUUUCGAAGCAUUGAUAUUUCAAGACAAAGUUGCAUCUGGAACAUAUGGUGAUCUUUAUCGUGGAAUAUACUACGGUGAGGAUGUUGCUAUUAAGGUGCUCAAGUCAGAUCGUCUUAACGAGAACAUGGAGAAGGAGUUUGCCCACGAAAUAUAUAUUAUGAGGAAGAUUCGUCACAAAAACAUUGUUCGAUUUCUUGGGGCGUGCACCAAGCCAAAAACCUUAUGCAUUGUCACAGAAUUUAUGAAAAAUGGAAGCUUGUAUGACUUCCUUCACAAGCGAAGAAGUUCCUUCAAACUUCCCCGUCUACUUAAAGCUGCAGUUGAUGUAUCAAAAGGGAUGGACUAUUUACACCAAAACGGAAUUAUUCAUCGAGACUUGAAGACUGCCAAUCUUCUUAUGGAUGAACAUGAGCUUAUCAAGGUUGCUGAUUUUGGUGUUGCACGUGUCAAAGCUGAAUCAGGUGUUAUGACUGCGGAAACUGGAACAUAUCGUUGGAUGGCUCCUGAGGUUAUAGAGCACAAACCAUACGACACCAAGGCUGAUGUAUUUAGCUUCGGCAUUGUUCUGUGGGAGCUGCUCACUGGAAAGAUUCCUUACGAGUUUCUGACGCCACUCCAAGCAGCCAUUGGUGUUAUCCAAGAGGGCUUAAGACCAGUGAUCCCAAGGGGCACAAACCCUAAGCUCACGCAACUACUUGAGAAGUGCUGGCAGCAAAAUCCUGUCAACAGACCAGACUUCACAGAAAUUUUGCAUGCGCUCAAUGAAAUCGCCGAGGAGCAGGUCGGCAUGGAUCAUAACAAGCCCCACAAGGAGAAGGAAAAAGGUGGCAUCUUCUUUUCAUUUGGGAAGGGCCAUUGAUGAACUACUCAUCUGCACUUGUGUCAUAGCUGAAGUUGUAAAUUGCAGCGCUGUACAGAUUUGCUUUUCCAAGAUAAUUCUUUUUUCCCCUUUGUGAAGACAUCGGUUUCUCAUGGUCUAUGUAAUUAUGGGGUAUGCUUACCUGACUAACAUAUCACUUGACCCUAUUUCUCUUUUCCUCCUGAAUGUAAUGCAAGACAAAGAAUCAUGUAUUUAUCGAUUGUUGUUGUCUGGAAAACAAGAAAUUGAAGAGGAAAUAAAUGGAAAGUGGCUUUGCAGUA